AUGGCCAGCCCAAACUUCAAGAUUGCGGCGCAACUCUACAACCCAAUUCCACUUCCCAUUUCAACUCAGAAUGAGGAUGGUUCAUCAUCAUUCAGCAUCCGUCUCCUCUCGGUCACAUCAGCACCCGGUGAACCCAUCGCCUGCCGGCUCUGGGCAGACCCUUUCGAUAAGGCGACGACAAGAACAGGUUACUAUGCUCUGUCUUAUGUUUGGGGCAAUGCAUCGAUUACCGAAGAGAUCACGGUCAAUGGGCUGCCCUUCCAAGCGACCCAAAACCUCGUGCUUGCCCUGAAGUGGUUUCUUAAUCCGAAUUCUCCUCCCGUCCGCUAUGGGUUGAUGCUAUCUGCAUCAAUCAGUGCAUCAUCCCCGAGCGCAACGACCAGGUUUGCUUUAUGGGGUCGAUUUACACCCCGUGCCACGAGGCUCUUUGUCUUCUUGGCUCCGAGGCUGAAGAACACGACGCCAAGGUGUUUCGCUUCCUCAACACGCUUUGCCAGGAUUUGGAACAUCCCGACAUGCAGGGCGAAAACCCCAGGUUGA